AUGAGCUACUCGACGUUACCAGAGGUUGUGCCGGACCCGGCACCGCAGGCACUCUCACAGGCGGAGGCGUACGAUAGAGCAGGGGCGGAUAUCCGUGAUCAGAAAUUCACUGUCGUUGAAGAUCCCAGACCCGGCCACUAUGCUCCGAAUGGAACACCCGUGCCUUACUACGCUGUCUCGCCAUUGACUCCGGCCCCGCCCUAUAGACCAUCGACAGCAGGCGAUCCGUCAUACCCCAACUAUGCCGCUAGCACGGGCGUCGCCGGUUGGGAGAAUGUCUCGAGGAAGGAAAGCACGGUCCAACGAGACUGGACCUCCGAACCACCCAAGAAGGACGACCGGAGGAUAUGUGGCAUGAAGAAGGUUUUCCUUAUUAUUCUGGCGCUUGCCCUGAUAAUGAUCGUGGCAGGAGUAGGAGGGGGUGUGGGGGCCAUCGCCGCCCGGCAAAAGGCAUCAGAGAAGGCCGAGGCCGCGGAUCAAUCAUCAACGCCAACACCUACUGCUGAUGCACCAUCUUCAGCAGGAACCCCAUCGCCCACUGACGAAACAACACCAUCCGUAUCCUCGACAGCCUCUGAGACAUCCUCCCCCUCCCCUACCUCCGCCCCCACCUCAUCCACGCGUUCCUCAUCCGCCUCGCCUCGUCCUACCACCACCCGGCAGGAAAUUAUCGAUGUGGGCUUCAGAUUCAAGGCAUAUUCCGGCGACAAGUUCUCUGGGAAGUCAACCGAAGUCCAGGGAAAGCCCGGUUUCGUAGACCUUCCUUUCAGUUCGACAAGCUACAAGUGGGAUCCAAAGGGUUCUGGCUGCUGCGUCACGUUCUGUCAGGGCACAUCCAAGAGCGUCGGGUGGAGGUGCACGGAGUUUGAACGUGAGGAGUCCAGCUCGUCAUUUGAUAGGUUAUUUAUCGGCUGUGGUGAUGAUGGGAAGCAGGAAAACUCGCGCUGCUCUUGA